CAACAUCUUCGUCAUGUCUACUCAAUUCAACGUCCUCAGAUGGUCCUUUUUAGGUUUUGGUAUCGUUUACGGUGCUUACCAUAGAUAUGGGUUAGAAUCAACCGCCAAACAACAACAAGUUGAUGCUGCUUAUAAGAAAGAAGAAGCAUUAAUAAAACAAGCUAAAGCAGAAUAUGCCAAGUUACACCCGGCCAAAAGUGCUGCCCCAGCAUCUGGUUCUAUCAACUGGGAAGACCCAAACUUGGAUAUCGGUAAAGCUUUAGAGUCUUUGAUUCAAAAAUUAGAUUAAAUGUCUACAUCUAAUGAAUUAUCAUGAAUACUACCCACCAUCCAUUUAUCCAUUUAUACGAAUCUUAUAUAUUCCCUUCAUGCCUUCAUCGACUGUACUUUUAACUUAUCUACUAAUUGAAAGUUCAAUUAACACCUAAAAACUAAUCUAAAAGUAUUUAGAAUAUACAUAUUCUUCGG